GAGAAGCCCACCCACGAAAAGCCUACCCACGAGAAGCCCUCCCACGACAAGCCCACCCACGAAAAGCCUACCCACGAAAAGCCUACCCACGAGAAGCCUACCCACGAGAAGCCUACCCACGAGAAGCCCUCCCACGACAAGCCCACCCACGAAAAGCCUACCCACGAGAAGCCUACCCACGAGAAGCCUACCCACGAGAAGCCCACCCACGAGAAACCCACCCACGAGAAGCCCCCCCACGAGAAGCCCCCCCACGAGAAGCCCUCCGACUCCAAGCCCGCCGGCCCCAAACCAACC